UCUCCCCUCUCAUUAUAACAAAUCAUCACCCCACAAAACCCUAAACACAAGAAACACAUUAAACCUUACAAUUUACAGUAGAAGCUCUAAUGGCGGAAUCCAAAACAGAUGUGUCGUUGAAGGAUCAAGGAAAUGAGUUUUUCAAGGCUGGAAAUUACCUAAAAGCAGCUGCCAUAUACACUCAGGCCAUCAAGAAAGAUCCUUCUAACCCUACCCUUUACAGCAAUCGUGCUGCUGCGUUUCUGAAUCUUGUUAAGCUACAAAAAGCACUCAGUGAUGCUGAAACAACAAUAACUUUGAAUCCCAGCUGGGAGAAGGGUUACUUCAGGAAAGGAUGUGUAUUAGAGGCCAUGGAGCGAUAUGAUGAUGCAUUGGAUGCCUUUAGAAUAGCCUCACAGCACAAUCCACAGAGUACGGAGGUGGCAAGAAAGAUCAAGAGGCUUACACAAUUGUCGAGAGAUAAAAAGCGAUCAAUAGAAGUCGAUAAUAUGAGAUCUAACGUUGAUCUGGCAAAGCACUUGGAUGGUUUCAAGUCUGAAUUGAUACAAAAGCAUGUAAGCGAGGAAUCUUGGAAAGAUACCUUCUCUUUUGUUGUUGAAACAAUGGAGACUGCUGUAAAAUCAUGGCAUCAGACAUCUAAUGUGGAUGCUAGAGUUUAUUUCCUGCUUGAUAAGGAAAAGACAGACACCGAGAAAUAUGCACCUGUUGUCAACAUUGACAAGGCAUUCGAGUCACCCCAUACACAUGGUGAUUGUGUUACCUUUUUAAGGCAAUAUGCUGUGGAAUCUUUCUCUCGGGCAGCAUGCUUAGUCGCACCAAAGAGUAUCAUAUCGUACCCACAGGACAUUGAAAGGCCUAGGGAGCCACAUGAUGGGAAUCUUUUGAAGAUAUCCUCUGGAAACUUAUUUUUGCAGUAGUAAGAAACCUUGUAUCUUUAUUGCGGUAGAAUUGUAUCUAAUUAAUCCAUCAAGGAUAAUUGGUGAUUUGGGAUAGCCUUUUCUGUUGUCUCCCUCAUAAUUACCCUUCUCCGCUUUGUCCUGCAUCACUAGUUCUGUUGCCAAUAUAGAAAAUGCGGAUGAAUCACUAUCGGGCAUAACACAGAUGUCUAGUGCAAUGGGGAUCCAUUUGUGUAGGAGGUUGAGUUGAAUCCUCUUGCAUCAUUAUGGGAACUAUGUAUAGGGAAAAACCCAUCUACAAGGGACCCCUUUUCAUAGUAGUUAGAUCGUGGCACGAACAUGGUGUCAACCCAAAAAUGAGCCAAAUGAUGCACAAUGUGGUGUGUUCCAUUUCCUAAAAUUAGGAAGAAGGAAAACUUUUAAAUGAUAACAUUGAAAAUAGAUCAUUGUUAAGCACAAUAAGCAACAAAUUGUUGACUAAAUUAUAGAAGUGCUUAAUAUUUCAAAAUAGACCCACUGUAAAACAGUGAUCAAUAUUCAGUUUGUCAAAUUCAGAAAUGCAUCCAUUCUUUUGGCAUAAAAAAUAAUAGAUUACAGAAUUUUGUUUCAAUGUACAUCAAAUUUUUGCUUAGAUAUCAGGAUAGUAACAUAACAAUGAAAUAGUCAGUACACCAAUGUAAUGAUGGCAACACCUAUAUAUUAGACUGAACAAUCAAAGAAUUUACCUGUAUGGAUAUGUUCAGGCUCUUGGCAUAAAUAAAUCAUCAUAAUUGGGGAGAGUUGACCACCAAGAGGGGCCAAGAGGCUGAGGUAGAGGGGGAGAGGAUGAAGGCAAGUUCUACAAGUGCUUACUAGCCCUUCAGCGAGUCUCAUUGAUUUUUUCUUCUUUGAUUUUAUUUUUGUAAAUUGUUUGUAAAAGCAGUUGACUUUUAACAAUCAAGAGAUCAAAUCAUCAUGUAUAUUGAUAAACUCUCUCAAUACAUGUUUCUCUCUCUACAAUCUCUCUCUCUAAGCUAGACUCUCUACGUACGUAUCUUUUUAACAAUUACCAUUACAAAGCUAUUUAUAUGAUUGACUAAACAUACAAGUCAAACUACAAUUAAGCACAAACUAUAACAUUGACUUUUAACAAUCUUUAACAACUUUGACUUUCUUUGAUCAUGUUGACUUUCAUCUUUGACUCCUUAAAUCUUCAAUGCUCAGUGAUCUCAGAUACAAUAAUAUUUGACUUAACAAUCUUUCCCUUUGUAUUCGAGAUCACAUUCUUCAAAACAAAUCCCUUUGUCUUCACUUCGAAAGAUCUUUGACAUAAACAAUCUCCCUCAAUUACAAUCAUACUUUAUCAACCUUCAAAUAAGAUGAAUCUGGAAAAUAACAAUCUUCCGUAUUAACAAAUAUAUCCUUUAGAUCAAAAUCUUCACUUUGAAACAAUUUUUAAAAUCAUUUAGAAACUUUCCCUUUUGAGGUCUUAAACAGUCAACAAAUCUUCAAGGAAACCUUUUGAAUCAACAAAUAAGCUUUAGACAUUCAGGCUUGAAGCUUUGACACUACAUGUACUAAGCUUGUCACCUUUAUAUCAUGAAAAAAUCCAACCUUAACAAACAAACUCUUCAAAUUUUUGUCUUGUAAGCCUACAGAUGUCAACAAGUCAUAACAAAUUCUUCAAAUCAGCACCAACCUUUUCAUCAACAUCUACAAUCUA